UUUUCGUUCAAACUCUUCCUUCAAUUCCCUUCAACUUCACCCCUUUGAAUCAUUCUUCACUGAGUUUUCCUUUCCCUUUCUCCUCUUUCUCUUUGCUUUAAUGCUUAAUCUUUGAUUCCCCCCAAGAAAUGGGUUUUGAACUCAGAAAAACCUUAUCAGAAGACUGUGAUGAUCUUAAUUGCUACCAGAUCUGUACUUCAUCUUCUUCAUCAACGUUGAAGUGUUUUAAAUUAUGUUCUGAGCACUGUGAUCAUGAAAAAGAUGAUCUCGUCUUCCCUCCUCCUCCUCCUCCUCCAAGCCAUCACUCAAAGUUCCCCACCAAGUAUUUGAUCGCAACGCUCACAGUUCUCUCCUUUUCGUUUUUGAUCGUAUGCCUUUAUGUUUACAUUAUCAGGCGUCACAGACGGCGGUUAGGUGUCACCGGAAGAUCGGAUUCACGGCGUGAAACGACUGAAACCCACGAUGAGUUCCUCGAUGAAGAUCACGGUCCGGUACUCGAUCAUCACAUAUGGUACAUCAACACGGUCGGUUUACAACCGUCGAUCAUCAACUCGAUCAAAGUUUUCAAAUACAAGAAAGGCGAUGGUGUUAUCGAAGGAACCGAGUGCUCCGUUUGCUUGACGGAAUUCGAAGAAGACGAAACCUUGAGGUUGUUGCCCAAGUGUAGCCAUGCUUUUCACAUCCCUUGUAUCGAUACUUGGCUUAGAUCGCACACCAAUUGUCCCAUGUGCCGUGCACCCAUUGUUUCCGCUAACAACGGACCGUCGUCUUCAAGCAUUGGACCCGAAGUUUCCGAGGAAACGCGAGUUCCGAUUAUCGAAGACGAUGGAGAAUCCGAAGGUGGAAGUGGAACAAGCCGUGAAGAUGAAUCAGCUGUUGAAAAUGAAGUAAAUUCAGGGGUUGUUCAACUUCAACCUGUAAGAAGAUCAGUUUCAUUGGAUUCCAUGGCAGCUUCUCGGAUCAGUCAGGCCAUUGCCGACGGAAGCAAUUCAGAUAACGAACCGGCGAAAUCGAAAGAAUCGAUCUCGAGAAUUGUACCGAGGAGAGUAGCCGGGAAUCAUCAGAGCUUGUUGAGACUAAUGUCCAUCGGUCGAUCUUUGCAAAUUAGGCCAAUUUUCAUGAAGAGAUCAUUUUCUUGCAAUGGGAAAUUCUCAUUGCCUAUCUCCAACAAGAACCGGAAUCGGAAUCCGGCGACGAGAAGCUUUUGAACGGUUAGUCGGUCGAUGGCCGGCGUCUACUUUCAGGUGAGACAUCUGGAAACUAAGAUGUGUAGCCAACUCUCUACAAUUAUGAGGGAUUUUCAAGCUUUUUUUAGCCUUAAAGUAGAAAAAAAUCAUUGCAAUAAGUAAUAAACAAGGAUCCUUUAUAAAUUAAGAUGUCAUACUUUCAACUUCAUCAAUGGAAUGAGCCUGUCUCUUUGAGAAA